AAAAAGGAAUCGCAACGACAAAUGGCGACUUGACAACGGCAAGCUGUUCUCUCGUACCGCACAGAGCCGUUCAUCAUUCAGAGUUUGUGAAUAUAUAUAGCUGCCAUGGACCGUUAAACCAGUUUGUGUCGACACUCGAGUGGUUAUUGAACCAGCUUCUCUGAGGACUCUAUCAUGUCGUCGUCUCUCCAGCAGUCGCUAUCACCACGUGUGAUACCUCUCCUGAAAGACUCGCAGCAAACACCUAAUAAGACACCACAUGCUCACAUCUCCAAGUAUGCUGACCCUAAGCUGCUCUCAUCAACAUGGGCAUUGGAUAUCAGAAAGGAAAUUGACCAGCUUGAGGGGAAUGGUCAGCGGCCGGACAAUUCCUUGGUCAAUGACCUGAUCACAGAACUCAGUGCUGCAUUCAUAUCAGCCUUACAGAGGAACAGUCGGAAUCAGUGGCUUUACCUAGCAGAGGUUCUAAGGAUGUGCAUGCCGUAUUCUCAAUACCUACAAGAUGAUGACCAGCUCAAGCACUAUGUGAAUAGGACAUACUACCAGGGAAGACAGUACAACACUCCAACUGCAGGAUCAGAUCUAGAUGACUUGGUGGCCAAACUCUUCCCUAAAGCUAUACUAGCAUUGAAAUCGACAGGAGGAGAUGCCAAGGAUUAUCGUAACCCUCUCACCCCUGCUAGGUCACCCACCGGCACAUCUCCGAGAUACAACCCACUCUCAAUGUCUCUACCAGAUGGUGCAGAUCCCUAUACGCUGGAAAGACCUGGAGAUGAGGAGAAGCACACUCCAAGAGGCAUCAACCUGGGGCACAUACGGGAGGUCCUCCCAUCGGUUGUCAUGGAAACCACUAGACAUGAGGCUGUUUGGAGCGAAGGCCUUGGUUUGACAGCUGCGGCCAUGAACAUAGACCUCAACGACAAGGUGCCUUCUCCGCGCAUACCAGCACCCCCGCCCAGGCUUCCGGACUCUUCUUGGAAAGUUAAAGGGCCCCCUCUACGUCAAGAAGACCUGGCAGUCAGUGAAGCUGCUGAAUCAGAACUAAGUGAGGUUGUUCCGCUCACCGGCAAAGAGGUCGUGGAGAUGUUUGGCAAAGGUCGUCACCUUGGCAACGCCAAAUUCAUCUAUCUGAACCGUACCCCAACACGACACUUCAUGCCCUACGAGUUCACCGUCGUGCCCAAGCACAAGGCCAACCCCAAUGAACACUGGAUCGUGUCGUGCUUCGGAAUCAUGCACAAGGUCAAAGGUCAACCAGCAAACAGCAUGAACCUGUAUGACUGGCACAGAGAAGCUGUCCUGUGGGGUAUCCUGACUAAGAUUCCAUUCUUCAAGUACUACCUAGUUAGGAAGUUAUUCAAUAGAUGGAGGUCUGGUAAGAAGCACCAGGAGUUCUGUAACAUCAGGAAGAGGGUCCAUGAGAGUCUCCUGCUGGCUGUACCAGGGUUUGGAGCUGCCUCCAUCCAGAUCUCCAAGCUCCUCCAAGAGCUAGGCACCGUACGCUUUCUCCCCCUGGAGCUCGACCAUUGCUUCACCCUACCUGAAUUUGAACACAGGACUAAGAUGAUGUACAAAGCUGGCCAGCAGAUCCUGAACAAGUUCUUUCACUUUUUGAAAUUGAUCUUGGAUAAAGCCUGUGAGGACUCCUAUGAGAUGCUGGACUUCUGCAAACAACAAACCAAGAAGGACAAAGCCCUAUUUUCCAAGGAGUCAUUGUUUGUGCAGAGACAGAAGAAAGAACAAAGAGAAACCAAUCUACUGAAAGCACAGAAUGAAACUAAGCGUCUGGGGAACUUUGUUCUGCUGAUUGAUCAGAUCCUAGUUUGCCAUCUUCUUGCCUUGAGCCGGUACAACAUCUGUACCUUUGUCAGGCACACCAUGGUGGGGAGCAUCGAUGCACCCCGGGAAGCCCUCUACAGGGCCAAGCUAAACUUUACGAGCAAAGGAGCGUUGACUCUGUACCCAUCCAAGCAAAUGUUCUUGGAUACGGUUGAUGCAAUCCUCGUCAAGCUAGCAGACAUCAUCAGUGAUGCAGCCAGGCCUAUUGAGGAGGUGACGGCUGGAUGGAUCGGAAACCAGCGAGAAAAAAUCUUCCACAAAGAUGAGGAGGAAGACGAAGGUCGAUCAGCUUCUAAACUGUCGGUCAAAGAUGGCGCUUCACUUCAGAGAUUGAUCUCUACAGCAGCAGAACGACUCCAGGAACCUCUCUUGGUUGAGCAAAAAACUCCCAGGAAGGAGUCUGACAACCUAGGGGUCGCGACCCCCGAACUCUGCAAGAAGACCGACCUCCAGGAGGACUAUGUGGUUGUUGGAGAGCGCAUGGUUGGACAGUACAACCCGCUUACUGAAGGGAGUCUGGCAGACAGACUAUUGGCAGAUGAGGAGAUAUCAUCGGCUAGAGAGCUAGAAACAGAGAUCAUCACAGCAGCCUUGGAAGAAAUUGAUAGUUUCUGUGACGACCAUUCGUGGCUUGCUGAUAUCCACCGCUUUGCCCGCAAGUGGAACAAGGAUGCUGUCAUGCAAUGGAAAAGAGCACAGGCUUACAGCAUAGAGACCAAACUAGGUGAAAUCCGUGACUGGUGCGAUCAAGUGAAGAAUGCGGACCGCAGCUUUGUGACUCGGAACGGACUCUUCCAUGUUGACUGCGGGGCGAUCCAGGAAGACCUCGUCCCUCUUCUCAACAACGCUUUCAGGGAUCUUCUAAACUUCACGGCCAGCGAGGCCAAGAACCUUUCUGUGGAGUUCAUGACUGAAGUCAAAGGCGUGGUGAUGGGUAUGAAAGAGAAGACUUCUGAUGUGAAAGCUUUUGCUGACUAUGCCCAGCAGUACAACAAGUACAAGAUUAAGAUGCCUGAGCUACAGAAAGAAGUAGAAUAUGUCAAGUCUCUCUUUGAGGUGAUCCGUCUCAGCUAUCGUUCAUUGACUCCGGAGGAGGAGAAGUGUGAGGAAGGGGUGUGGCAGAGCUGGGAGGCCUUCCUCCUUCAGCUUCAGGAUGCUGCAGAGUUCGUCAACAUGCAGACUCCCAUCCAAAUUGGCGACCUUGAUGAAACCUACCAGCAUCUAUACAGUGAAGCCAAGAGGAUCUCAAGUGAGGCUUCUAAAGGUAUCUUCUUGGAUCCAUCUCAGAACCCCAUGAUGAUCUUGGACAAGCUCAAUGAGCUCUUUGAAAAGUUCACCUCAGUGACCACCAGAAUCAAUGAGUGCAGUCAGCACAAGUUCAAGAUCACCGGUCAGAACUACAAUGCAACCGAGCUGACCGCUAUGCUCCAGGCCAUGACCGUCCGGUCCAAACUAUGGAAGUUUGUAGAGGUCACAACAGGUGGCAUAAUGGAUUGGAAGUACAUGCUAUUCAGAAAGAUGAAUGUGGCUAAAGCUAUGACGAAGGUGACAGACUGGCAGCAAGCCGCCGGGCAGCUGAAGCAAGUGUUGCCCCAGGGCGACCUUGUACUGGCCCAUUGGUACCAGCUACUCUCAGACUUCAAGGAAGACUUGCCUCUUCUACUCAAGCUAUCCAGUGAUUGCCUGAAGUCUCGGCAUUGGAAGUCCCUCUUCUUGGCAUUGGGGCAGUUGUACGAGCCUGGGCGCCAGUAUUACGUCCGGGAACUCCUCUCCUACAAUCUGAGUGAGCACAGCUUUCAGAUCAAUACCAUCUGUGCUGGGGCUACGGCAGAGUUUGAUCUGGAACAGAAACUGGUGAAGCUUAGGAAGGUCUGGGAAGAGAAAGAGUUCAAACUUGCCAAGUACAUCGCUCCAGGGAAGGAAACAUUCGACUUUGAGAUGAGUGACAAGAAAGGUGGGAGGAAGUCAAUGCCUGAUAUGUUCACACUGAUUGGACAUGAACAGCUCAAGUACCUUCUAGAGGAUAACCAGCUGACUCUUCAGAGCAUGCUUGUGUCCCCUCACCUGGCUGACCUUCGACCUGAAGCGGAUUCCUGGGCUUUGACCCUCAGACAGGUGGAAGACGUGUUGGAGCUGUGGACCGUCUGUCAGAAGAAGUGGUUAUACCUAAGCCAGGUCUUCUCUGAUGAGAUUGUAGGAGAGAGUCAGUCAGAUCUAGCCAAGCAGUUUGAGGGUGUCGACCAGAAGUACCAGGAGUUCAUCACCACCGUGGUUGAAGACCCAAAGGUCCUGUCUGUUCUGAGUAAGAGAAAGGGCACCAAGGGAUACAGAGAGCUACAGGGAGAUAGUCUGACCAAACUACUCAAUAAUCUCAUCAGAUUCCAGGAUGAAGUUCUAGCCAACCUGGACCCAUUCUCAGCCACCAAUUACUCCAUUGAAACGGCUCGUCUGAAGUACCCACGUCUUUCCUUCCUCAGUAAUCAUGAGCUCAUCGAUCUCUUCUCGAAUUUCAAGGACAGGGCUAGGUGGAUCCCUCAAGUGAGGGCGCUAUUUCCAGGAGUCCGUCAUCUAGACUUUGAGGCUCCGUCGAGCUCUGAAGAGGGCAUGAGUGCCCUUGAUCUGCUGUUGAAUGCUGACAAGCUUGAAGUGACAGCCCUUCGAGGGUGUUUUGAUGAACGUCUGAGCCUGAUCUCUCCUCUACCUUCCAAGCCCUCUCCUCCCACCUGGCUCAACUCCCUAGAGAUAUCGAUCAAGACUACCAUGGGAAAUACACUGCACUCAUGCCUGGAGUCAAGGCUAAGAGAAGGCAUGGUGACUGGAGAUAUCCUGUCAGAGCUGAGUGCUUUAGAAGAGAACCCUACAGCAGACCCUGACGUAGAGGCUCAGCUCAAGAAAGCUGUUCGUCAGAGCUUUUCCCAAUGGCUGCUUCGUUUCCCCUCGCAGUGUGUGCUUACGGGGGAAGCGGUGAUGUGGAGUAGAGAUGUGCAGCCGGCCGUCAAAGAGGGCGAUCUUAAACAGCUUGCUCAGAUAAGGGAUAAUCUACAGAGGCGUCUUGAUCAGUACAGCCUGAUCUUGAGAGAGAACUGCCAGUCUCAGGUGUCAUCAAACUCUGCAGCUCGUCUUCAGAUUCUGAUUGGCUCUUUGAUUGAGCAAGGCAUGCACCAUCGAGACAUCGUGGAAGAUCUUUUAAAGAAGAAAGAGCUGUCCAACAAGGAAUUUGACUGGAAGAAGCUGCUACGCUACGACAUGGACUUCAAGACAGUCCUGUGUGCUCAGUCAGUGGUUGAACCCGACCAGGAGACUGGGAGGGAAGCUACUAAGUCCACGAUUACCAUGACCGAUGAUGUUUCCACGAUAACAGAUAAACCACAAACACGAGAAGCUGCUUUAGGACCUCGUACCAAGACUGUGGUAGGGACAGGUUUUGCGUUCGGGCCUCUGCGGGUGUCCCAGCUGGGAGCCACUUUCUCUUACGACCAUGAGUACCUGGGGCCUGGGCCUCGCCUUGUGGCCACUCCGUUGACCGACAGAUGCCAUAUGAGCUUGACCACUGCAAUGAGGCAGAGACAGUGUGGUGCGGUCAUUGGUCCAAAUGGUGUGGGAAAGACGGAAACAGUCAAGGAACUGGCCACUUUUAUGGGACAGAAUCUAGUCACGUUGGACUGUGCAGUGGACAGCAGUAUCGUGACGGUCAGUAGGUUCCUAGCAGGAGCGGUACAGAGUGGUUCCUGGAUGCUCUUAGACAAUGCUGACAGGAUGACACAUGGUCUUAUGGCAGUGAUAAGUCAACAGUUGGAGUAUUUAUGUCAUGCUUAUCACAUUCUUCAAGAUACAAACUCCCUCUACAGUCACAAAGGAGCCAGUAAACAUGACUACAAGAUUCCUGAAUUCAGUCCCAAGAGAAGGCACUCCCUAGCAACGCUUCACUCCUACCAAGUACGGGAUGAAAGCCACACCCAGCGACCAACAACAUUCCCAUCAUCUCCAAAUGAGAAGCAUGGACCAUCCGAGUUUGACGAUGUGUUAGGGGACGAGGAUGAAGGAUGCGAUGUGGGUCAGUUUGGGAAACGACGCCACUCCAUCUCAAAAGCCCAGUCUACCCGUGGAGACCACUAUGACAGUGAUGUCCCAACCGUACCUCUCUUCGUAGAGAUGCAGGGACCUGCGAUGAUCAGACGCCCAGCAUCUCGGGACAGUCUUAUGGACUCUCUAGAGUUCAGUCCCCUACAGCAAUGGAGCUACAAACCCCAGCACUGUGGCUAUGUCAACUUUGACUCCAGGAUGGUCCUAGGCAACGUCAACUACAACUGCUUCAUGACGGUCAAUGCAGGAGAUGCCCUUGCGAAUCCAAUCCCUGAUAGCCUUAAGAACUCUAUGCGACCUGUUGCCAUGGUAGUGCCUGACCUGAGCAUCAUCCUAGAGACCGUUUUGAUCUAUAAUGGAUUCCUAGAAGCACCCAUGCUAGCUGCCAAGCUGUGUCAGCUAUGCAAGAUGAUUGAAAACGGGUUCCCUGAAGAAUCUGAUUACCACUUCAGUGUUGGAACCCUGAAAGGCAUCAUCCACCUAGCAACCUCCAGGCUCUACUCCAAGAGGAGACGGUAUCAGCUAUCAGCUAGGAGCAGUGUCAAUGAGAUGUCUAGACAAGCCAGUGAAGUUGAAAUCAUGGAGCCUGGUAAGGGAGAAGACAGUGACUUCAUCUCUGGUCUGGAGCAAGACGACCUCCAUCGGGAGGAGUGUGCCCUGGUCUUUGCCCUCCAGCUGUUCCUGACCCCACGCACCCGUUCCCUGGACCACGCCACCACCCUCAGGAACACCCUGCGUAGCCUCUUCCCCUGGGGGAUGGGCAGGCUAGGGAGGGGGUUGGGGGCAGAGCAUGACCCGGUCCUGGUGGAUGCCAUUCAGAGCCAGUUUGUGGCCGACAGCCUCCAGGCGACGCCUCUCCAUGUAUCCAAGGUUCUAGAGCUGUAUGAGUCCCUGCGGUGCAAGUCGGGUGUGGUCUUGGUAGGCUCGGCAGGGAGUGGCAAGACGGUGUGCUACCAGACCCUCUGUAGGGUUCUCAACAGUCUUCAAGCUAACCCCCCUACUCCCGAUGGGGGACCCACUGCCCCCAUGCAUGGCCCCAAAGUACAGGGCUUGGAGGGGAUUCCCCGCCAUCAGCUGUCCCAGCCGAUGGAGCGGUUACGACGCGCAGCAGAGGUGGUGUCCUUCAUAACCAUGCACUGGAUGGACACCGCAUCCCGGGGAGCAGAGAAACCAUCCUACCCAAGAGUGGAUUCCUCCGUUAUCUACCCAGCUACUCUCUCCAUGAAAGAGUUGAUCGGUGAGUUUGACCCUACCAGGCACCGUUGGAGGGACGGCCUGGUCACCUCCCUGAUCUACGACUCCGGUCAGUCCAUGCAGACCGCCGAGGAGAUGCAGAAAGAACUCCAGGAGAACAAGAAGAAGAACGCCACCAAGGGAAUGCUCAACCCUCCGACGAUCAUCCAGAAAUGGGUGGUCAUGGACGGGGUGAUUGAUCCCAGGUGGGCAGAGACACUGGCCGGUCUGAUUGGGACAGGGCGUGGCAUGGCCAGUGGCAGAGGAAGGACCAUGUUGUCCAGUGGUGAAAGGCUUCCUAUGCCCGACUGUACUUCACUGAUAUUUGAAACUAGCACAGUGACCAAUGCGUCUCCAGCCACUAUGGCCAGGUGUGCGGUCAUCCACUUUGGCCCGAAUGUGGUCAGCUGGAAGUCCCUGGUCGAAUCCUGGUUUUCAGGGGCUCAAUCCUUCUGGGAGAUCAGCAACAACAGUUUGCAGCUUCUGCAAAACCUGAUAGACGACACCUUCGCCCGUACCUUGGACUUCCUCUCUAACACCCACUGUGUCCCCGCCCUGGAAGCGGACCUCCCUAGGGCGGGAGAGUCGGGCCAGCGCACUGGGCACGGGAUCAGAGAGGUGGGGACGUUCCUACGUAUUCUGACUGCCAUGUGUGAUCAUCACCUUGUUCGGGAGAGAGGCGAUGGGAAUAAUGCUUCUGCAGCUCCCAGUGACAACAAGCUGGCUGAUGACCGAAGGACUCCCCACCCCACUCCCACACCCACCCCAUCCAUGAGUGUGUGCAGCAUGUCAAGACAUACAGCCAACAAGACCACCAUACUCACAUCCAUGUUCACGUUUGCCUAUGUUUGGGGAUUCGGUGGCCAUCUUCAUGAUAGGCAUGCUGAGAUGUUUGAUCAGUUUGCUCGUCAGCUCCUCGGACGUGCAACCCAUGACAUCAUCCUGCCUCCAGAGGGCACCGUCUAUGACGUCCACAUUGAUGCAAACCUUGGAAUCCUCUUAUCCUGGGCAGAUUCUAACAGAGAGAAGAUGAGAACUAUCAAUGCUAACUUCAUUGUCACCCCAGAGGCUGAGAGGUACUUUCAUCUACUGGACAUCUUAGUCGGAGCAAACCAACCCGUCCUCUUGACUGGAGCUCCAGGUAUAGGCAAGACAGCUCUCAUUCAGAAUAUGGUUCAACCAAGGCACCAUUUCCUGUCCUUCGCCAUGUCUCCUGUCAUGGGCUGUGAGACAAUGGAGAAGAUUUUUAUUGUUAGAGUUGUCGUCAUUGUCGUCGCUGUCAUCAAUAUGGUUCAACCAAGGCACCAUUUCCUGUCCUUCGCCAUGUCUCCUGUCAUGGGCUGUGAGACAAUGGAGAAGAUUUUUAUUGUUAGAGUUGUCGUCAUUGUCGUCGCUGUCAUCGUAAUCAUCAUUAUCAUUAAUUAUAAAUCACAUUGUAUCUUGCCAGAAUAUGGUUCAACCAAGGCACCAUUUCCUGUCCUUCGCCAUGUCUCCUGUCAUGGGCUGUGA